AUAGGUCAAUGGUCAAUGGAUGACCUUGGGGUAGAUACUGAAUAUCAAGGUCAGAAGGUCACAGUGGUAGAAGAUGUAAUGGGAGAAGUUACUUCAGAUCAGACGAUCAAAUUUACAUCACAUCUAACAGGUCUACCCCAUGAUUCUGAUCAAUUACCCCAUGACUCCACUCGAGUAUCCCAGAAUUCCGAUCAAGAACACAUUGGAAGUGUCAGCGACGAGGAACCGCAACAUGACGAUGAUUUCGCCAGUUUUGGUGAUGACACGGCGAGUUCUAACUAUUUACUGAUUCCACCCACAAGACAAAAACUGUCACAUGAAGAGACGGAUGAACUUUUACAAGGUUACCACGGUGACGGUGAAUCAUCGGUUGUGAGCGACUGUUUUACCGAUGUGAGCAACAUGACAACACAGACAUCACCGACCUGGAUAACAAGAAAUCUUCAGAGCUCAACAAGGGGCAGACAACUCUUAAAACACAAACCUCAGAUGGCAUCCAAGAUUUAUUCUCGAAGACCGCACAGUGUUCCCAGACCAGCCAGCCAAUUACAGCAGGCUAUGUUGGUAACAAGGACUCCUAUUGGCUAUUAUCUGGAUGAUGAAGAAGCUAUGAAGCUAGAAGACUCUGUUUUGCGAGACAGUGAGAACUACGUAUUUAAAUCGGACGACGGCAGCCCAUCGGCGAAGAUCCCAGCUCGCAUACGAGAAAUCAUCACCAAGAACCUGACAACAUCGGACGACGACCUCGGCUACCGCAGCAUCACCAUGACAACAGUGCCCACACCACAGCAGAUCUCUGAGGAGAAUCGCCUCCUGUCAGCCGAGCUGAAUCGCGUUGAGGACCUUCUGGCCGCGAGUCGUGCAGAGCGAGAUGAACUCAGCAUCAAGUACAACGCGCUCAGUGACAGGUUAGAGCACUCACUGAAAGGUGACUCGGCCGACUUUGACCCGACUUCUAAGACAUUGGUUCAGCAGAAUAUUGAGUUGCGGCGGAAGCUGGAGGACGAACACAAUUCGUACAAACGCAAACUGCAGGCGUACCAGGAUGGGCAGCAGAGACAGGCGCAGCUCGUGCAGAAACUACAGGCAAAGUUACUCCAGUACAAGAAGAAGUGUCAGGAAAUGGAAGAUAGUCUCCGUAACAAGGAAUACGAAGUGAAGACGAGCACGUACAAGUUCAACAGUACAUCAGAGCGACUGGAGAGUGCCGAAUCGAGACUGAAGUAUGCAGAGUCAGAUCAUGUCGUUGACCUGGAAACAGCUCUUAUUAAACUGGAGGAAGAAAAACAACGGAGUGCGAGUCUGGCCCACGUGAACGCCAUGCUCCGAGAACAGCUGGACCAGGCGACCGGCGCCAACCAGACACUGACGGUCGACAUCCACAAACUGACCCAGGACUGGCAGCGUGCCCGCGAGGAACUCGAGUCCAAGGAGAUGGACUGGAGGGAGGAGGAAAAGAACUUCAAUGAGUACUACAGUGCAGAGCAUGGCCGCCUGCUGUCGCUAUGGCGAUCGGUGGUUGCAUUCCGCCGCCAGUUCAGCGAGAUGAAGAUGGCCACAGAGCGCGACCUCUCCCAUGUGAAGACGGAUGUUACCAAGACAACGCGCAGCAUGCACUCGGCCUGCCUCAACCUCACCGCCAACCUCCGCAGCAUGGACACCCAGAGUCAGGUUUACCUGGACCGAGAGCGGAGUGAGAAGAUGUCAUCUGACAAUCAGCUGCGAGAGAAGCUUCGAGAACUCAACGAACUGCAGGCCAGAUACGAUGCUCACGGCUCAGAACUUGGAUCACGAGUGAACGAGCUGACAAUGUUGAACGAGCGACUGAAGAUCCAGCUGGAGGAGAAGGAGAAGGUCAUCUCCACGCUGACCCGCAACAUGGCCUCACUCGAGGUCAAGACCACGGAGGUGAGCUACGAGUCGACGGAGACGGACACAGCACGACAAAUCCGCGAAGAGACCGAGGCUCUGCACUCGGCGCUGCGCAACAUUGCAGAGGCCGUCAUCAACGACGCCGACCGCGCCAUCGAUGAGGACUUGGAGCAGACCGAGGCAAUGAGAACCGGGUCAAGGUCGGGCUCACCAAUGAGGGCAAGGUCAACUUCACCGAGGUCACAGUCACCAACAUUCCGACAGCGCUCGCCGAACCGAUCGCCUUCGCCCAGAGGAAGGUCAAGGUCGCCGGCGUUCGCAGAUGCCACGUUUUCCGCAGUGCAGGCUGCGCUGAAUAAACGACAGCUGCAGGUUUCUGAUCUACGAGCCAAACUGACAGCGAGUCGCGACCACAUCGUGAAUCUGAGGAAGAAUAUUGAUGACGUUGAGAACGAGAAACGUCGCUUAGAGCUACACAUUCUCAACCUGAAGGAAGAUUUCGAGACCGCCCGCAGGGAGCGAGAAGACUCGUUCCGGGAUCGGGACCGCAUCAAGAACGCCCUGAACGUGACUGGGUCGGAGAAGUCUCAGCUGGAGAAAGUACGCCACGAGCUGAACGAGAACAUCGAGUCGCUGCACCGUGAGAUCGAGAAGCUGCAGGCGGCCAAUUCGGAGCUGCAGAGACACCGAGACAACCUGGAGGACGAGAAGGAGGACAUCAGCAAGGACAAAGAGAGACAGAUCAAGGAGAACGAGAGAUGCCAGAAGGUUCUGUCUCAGCAGGAUCACAAGAUGUCAAAACUACGCGAGGAGCUCGUUGAGACAAAGGAGAUGUUGAACCGAGUCUGUCUCGACAAGGAAGUGUUGGAGGGACAGAAACUUGAACUAGGUGAGGCGUUGUCGAAGGCGGAGCUACAGAAGGCGGAGCUAGAGGUGGAGAUUAACAAACUGAAAACUGUGGAGGCGGGGCUUCGCGACGCCCUCCUCAAGAUGCAGGAGCUGAAUGAAGGUCUGGGCCAGGACAAGAUAGAACUCAACAAGAUCAUCAUCCAGUUGGAGGCGGAGAAGAACGCUCUGUGUGGGGAGAAGUCAGCACUUGAAAUGGAGAAAAGUGGAAUCCGCGAAGAACUGGUUCGCGUCGAACAAGAGAAGAUGGACCUGGACACCGAGAAAAUGGGGCUGAACCAAACUCUUGAAUUAUCAGAGUUUUCUCGACAACAGCUUGAAGAUGAAAUUCGUUCUCUAAAUGCUGAGAAAGCCGAGAUCACAGCUCAGCUCUCUGUUGUGAGCCGACAGAAGCAGGCUCUCUCCGAAGAGCUCCUUUCAGCGAGGAAAGAACUCGAGCGGCAGCAGGUGGCUUUCGAGCACGUUUCGAAGGAGAAGGAGAUCUUGAACCAGGAGAAGGGCGAGCUGGUUGUCCAGGUAACGGCGGUAGAGCGUGAGAACCGCCAGCAGAGCGAGACAAUCGCGGCUCUGUCGAGCGACAAGGACACGCUGGAGGCGGCGCUGUACGAGGCGCAGCAGAACAUGACAGCACUUGAUGUGCGCAAGGCUCAGCUAGAGGCCGAGAACCAGGAGCUGAUAGUACGCAAGGAAAACCUACAAGCCGAGAUCCAUCGAAUCGUUAAAGAGAAGGAAUCUGACCUUGACCGGGCGGAACAUCAGAAAGAGGCUCUGAGCAGUCGUCUGCAGCAGAUGGAGCGUGACCUCCAGAUGGCACUUGCUCAGGAGAAACAGGCGCAUGAGGAAGACGUAGAGAGACUGUCGCGAGAGAGAGACUCCCAGCGUAUGGAGUUUGACAGCCUGCAUGAACAGCUGAUUCACCAGCACAACAUGGAGAAGGAGGAUCUGUGUUCACGGUUCCACCGCGAGAAGGAGGAGCUGCAGGAGGAGAUUGCCGCACUCCAGCGCGAUCGGGAUGACUCGCUUCUCAUGGCCGAAAACGACAAACAGCAGGCUCUGUCGUUGCUGGAGCAGGAGAAGAGCACCCUCCAGGAGAAGCAUGGCCAGCUGCAGACGGAUCUGGCGAGCGCUCACCUCGAGUACGAGCGGCUGAAGCGUGAGUUUCAGGCGCGUGUUGAGCAGGACCGCAACUCGAUCAACUCGCUCACCGCGGAGAUGAAGAACUUCCGCAUGCAGUUCGAGGAGACCGUUGAGACGCACACGAAGGAGAUCAAAGAGCUGAACUCGGUGAUCCGUGACGUGAGUCGACAGCGCGACGCAGCGAUGCGCGAGUGUGCGGAGCUGAAGACACAGCUCAAGCUGGUGGAGGAGACAAGGGACGUAAUCCGCAGAGACUUGAUCGAGGCCAACAGAAAGAUCAGAGAAGCGGAGGAGCACAAGGAGUUGAUGCGUAAGGACGUGAUGGAUCUGAAGCGCGCAGUCAAUGACGAGAUCCACGAGAAGGAAAUGCUCAGCAAGACGGCAGAUGAGCUGAGGGGGACAGUUAAACGAGCAGAGGGAGACAAGACCGAGCUGAACCGUGCACUGCAGGACGCCAAGCAGAGAAUAGCUAUUCUUGUGGACCAGUUUGAAGCGACACAGAAGGAGUCUAAUGAGCUGCGUUCGAGUCUGCGCGAGGUCGAGAAGGCAAGACUGGAGGCCCGGCGAGAGUUACAGGAUCUCCGACGCCAGGUCAAGAUGCUCGAUGGCGAGCGCAGCAAACUCGGGAAGGAGGUCAGUGACCUCCAGCUGCGAGUCGCUCGGGAUGAGGAGAAGGAGGAGGAGUCGCGCAGACACGCCUUCGAUCUCAAACAGAAGGUUGUGGAGACGGAGGCGAGUCGGGAGGCGCUGCGUAAGGAAGUGGCGAGCCUACAGCGUAAGAUGGCUGAGCUGAUUGACGAGUCUCGCCUCAAGGAGAAGGACUACCAGCUCUCGCUGGAGGACAGCCGGCGGUGCGAGCGCAAACUGGCCGACAACUGUCGCAACUUCGAGAUCCAGCUGGAGAAUGCCGGCGCCGACACGGCUGAGCUGCGGCUCAAGCUGAGCGGGGCCGAGGGAAGAGUUAACGCCCUUGAGGCGGCUCUCGCACGUCUGGAGGGAGCGAAGCACGACGUGGAAUUCAAACUGAACAGCAUCGUGUCGAGUCUGCGUCGCACCAUCGGGUUCAGGCAGGAGAUGCCGAGGUCUCGCAGUCCCAUCAGGUCUCGCAGUCCCAGUCCCAAACGGUCCCGGCCAACAUCACCCGCCAAAGGUUUUGACAACACGUACGCCACGACUACGGAGGGUCGCGGCAGCCCGAUCCCGCGCACUGGCUCGCCUGUCCGCUCAGGCAGCCCACUGAGGAGUCGGAGUGCAUCGCCCAGUCACCGUGUGUUCGAAGUGAGUCGCAGCUUGUCACCGAGUCGCAUGUACGACUCGCAGAUCUCAGCUGUCGAUGUGGACCCGGAGGCUGUGAGAAUGGCUCUGAGAAGCUUCAUGACGCAACUGGCCGGAGCCGAGAGAGAACGGGACGACGCACUGGCUCAAGUUCACAGCAUGAUGACCCAGAUGAAGGACAUAGAACUGGAAAGGGAGAGAACUGAUAACAGACUGUCACAGCUGCAGAAAGCGCUCGGGGAAGUGGAAGAAGACAAGCGCGGUAUCGAUGGUCGUCUCGCCAGCGCCCAGACCGCGCUCAUGCUGCAGGAGGAGACGAUCCGGCGCAACGAGCGCGAACGCAAGACAAUGGCCGACAAAAUCAGCAACCUGGAGCGAAGUCUGGCAGGCGCCGAGACCGAGAAGAGACAGUUACAUGAGAAGAUCGGAAAGCUCAAACAGACUGAGUCCAAGCUGGAGGAUGACAAGAAACAGCUGCGUGGUAACCUUGACGAUGCGGAGAACCGGUGCACGAAGCUGGAGCUGAAUCGGCGCUCGCUGGAGGGAGAACUGCAGAGAAUGAAGCUAGCCAUGACUGACAAGGAGACCGAGAACCAGGUGCUGCAGGACCGGGUGGAGAGCUUGGUCAAACAGAUCCAGGACCUCGAGUCGAAGGCUCAGUCCCUGCAGCUGACCAUCGACCGGCUGUCUCUCUCCCUCGCCAAGACGGAGGAGGAGGGACACCAGCAGAAGGACAGGGUUCAGAGUCUGAACUUGACGUUGUCAGACAGUAACGCGACGAUCAAUGAGUUGGAGGAGAGAAUCUCACAACUACAGCGAGGUCUGACCGCCAGCGAGCACGACAGACGGGUUCUGCAGGAGAGACUCGACCAGACACGACAAGCCCUGAACGAGGUGAAGAAACAGAAUCACGCGCUUGUUGAGAGACUGCAGAGUGUCCAGACUGAACUAACUGACAGUGAGGUCCGUCGAGCAGAGCUUGAGAGUCAGAUCCGACAGAGUCACACUAUGAUUGUACAGCUGCAGGAGGCGGAGCAGGAUUUGAACCAGAAGAUCCAGAAACUUCAGUCGGACCGCCAGAACCUCACAGAGCAGUGUGCCACGCUCAAACGUGCCCUUGGUGGGAUCGAGUCGGAGAAACGCGAGAUUGAGAGAUCCACAAUGAGGCUGGAGAAAGAUAAGACCGCUCUGAAGAAAACUCUUGAUAAAGUUGAGCGUGAGAAGCUGAUCACCGAGGAACUGGCGAGUCAGUCGCUCCACGACAGGUCGAGUCUUGAUCACAGUCUGCAGCGACUGGAGGACGACAACGUGGAGAACCAGCGACUCGUGCAACAGCUACAGGCACAGCUAGCCGAGGCCGAACAGCAGCACGCACAGAGACUGAUUGAUCUAACCACUCGACACCGCGCGGAGACUGAGAUGGAAACAGAACGACUCCGCUCCGCUCAGAUGCAGGCGGAACGACUCCUGGAGGCAAGGGAGCGCGCUCACAGACAGAAGGUCAAAGGUCUUGAAGAAAUGGUGGCGACACUGAAGGACCAGCUGGGUCAGGAGCUGCGGAAGCGUCAGUUGUUCAUCUCGCGCAGCACGCGGACCGGCGAUGAGAUCCAUGACAUCCGCACGAUCCUCGACAACUCGCUGUCGACCGUGACCCGCGACGGCUCGCUUGACCCGCUCCUACUCGACCUCGAGAAGAGGAAGCUGGACGACUCGCUCGAAAUACACGCCAGCCUCCCCACCCGUAUCCCGCGGCAACGUUCGCCCGUCCGUUCGAUGGCACCCAUCAGGCUCAGCUCGCCUUUUAGACGAAGUGGGCACAGCCCACUCGGCAUUCGCCAGAAGUUUCCACAGUAAAAACGGCGGACUAUUCCAUUGUUGUUUAAGGGGACCAGCAUAUAUUUUUUAUCUACUGACAAUGUUUUGUAGUAAUUUUAGUAAAAAAAUUAUACUUUGUAGAUUCUCAGUAGAGAUAUUUCUAUAAGCCCUGUAACAAAUCUAGGUUCCUUUUUUCUGUUUCAUUGUAAAAAUAAUGAUAGCCUAAUUUAUAUAAAUUUCAUUCUAACAAGUUAGCUUUUUUUUUCUCUAUUAUAUA